AUGACCUCCCCAUGGUCCACUUUCCCAUUGUCACUUAAACGUACAUUAACCGUCAAGACAAAAAGAGCUACCUUGGGAUUGUACCGUUCAUUGUUAAGGACUGCACAACACUUUGACAAUGACAUCCACCAAGUAUUCUUGUGGAACACCAUAAGAGAAAGAUUUCGUUUUGAAAUGUACAAUAGCUCUCGUGCCCAAACGCUUACACUUUUACUACAGGGUGAAAAGGCACUGGAUCUACUCCGAAAAGCACAGGGCGGCAAUCGAACAUACUUGGAGCGGAUCGACGCCAUGGCAACAGCAAAAAUUGGGCCCCUUAAACAUGUUACUCAAAACAUUCGCAAGAUACAACACCCCUUGAAGCGAGCUUUGGCAGCAACUGAUGCUCGAUCGCAUGCAUCGCGUAUUCGGCAAACAGGGAGAUCUAAUAGAAUUCCUCUGUCAAAAUCACUGUGCCGUAAAUUACGCAUAGACACAGACUUGCCUCUCACACGUCGUCAGCGAUUAGAAUACAAGACGAGGAUAUACAAAAAGAAAAAGAAACUACGUGUUCGAACGUUUUAUCAACAAGCUAUCACAACACGGAAUUCUUGUGGAUAUGUGUUUAAGCGUGUACGGGGCUGGGUACAACCUCUCAGAACAUCAAUGAUGCUCAGGAACCUCGUGAAAAAGAAACAACAGCGUUUUGACCUCAAUUACAAAUAUGCGUGGCAUUUGGAGCUUGUGCGACAAGAACGCAUAUUCCUUAGUAAUCUGGGAAUCAAGGAUGAAUUAGGAGAUUGCAUCAAGGGCCUUUCGGAUGCUCUUAAUGAAAAUAGAAACGCACUUUACAAUCCUCGUAGAACUGUAUAUGAAAGCAAAGUAGUUGAAAUCGACGAGUAA